AUGCGCUUCCAGCUCACUCAGGAGUUCAACACAGAGAAGCUGACCGCCUUCAUCAACACUCUGAACGGGAAGGAGGGGAUGGGCUCCCGCCUGGUGACUGUACCCCCAGGGCCCAGCCUGGCUGACGCCUUGCUCUCUUCCCCUAUCCUGGCUGGAGAGGGAGGCUCCAUGAUGGGCCUAGGCGCUAGCGACUUUGACUUUGGCGUGGACCCCAGCGCUGACCCCGAGCUUGCUCUGGCUCUGCGUGUAUCCAUGGAGGAGCAGAGACAGAGGCAGGAGGAGGAGGCUCGCCAGGUGGCUGUUGCUUCUGCAGCCAAUGUCACCACAGUGUACGAAUCUGAGGAGGCCCUGCUAAAGAUGUCGGUGACUCAGCCUGAGACUGGUGGAGCUGCAGUGCUGCCUGACUGCAGCAAUAUAACAGAGGAGGAGCAGAUUGCAUACGCCAUGCAGAUUUCCCUGGCCGGAGAAGAGUAUGGAGAUGUGAUGGCUAUGGACACAGGUGCCCCCAUGGACACUGAGACUGCCGAGGUAGGUAACUCGCAUGAUCAAUGAAAUCAGGAACCUUACGAUUUGUUGUUCAAUACAUUCAUGUGUGGUAUCGGUCUGCAAAAAAUUCCCAGCUGCAUUUUAUGAAACGUGCUCUCUCUUGAUUGUGUAUGUUCUCUAUCUCCCAUCCAAUCAGAAUCACCUUUAUUUGCCAAGUACAUUUACAGGUACCAGGAAUUUGACCUGAUGAAAUUAUUCUGACAACAAUAAACAGAAUAUACAAUCAGUGCCCUUCAUUAAUAAUGUGCCUUGUGGCUCUUCCUCAGGAGGACGAUGACUAUUAUGUAAUGCAGAGUACCUCCAGAGCGUUCUGGAGAACUUGCCAGGCGUCAACCCUAACAAUUUUUUAUUUUAUUUUAUUUUUAUUUCACCUUUAUUUAACCAGGUAGGCUAGUUGAGAACAAGUUCUCAUUUGCAACUGCGACCUGGCCAAGAUAAAGCAUAGCAGUGUGAACAGACAACAACACAGAGUUACACAUGGAGUAAACAAUAAACAAGUCAAUAACAUGGUAGAAAAAAAAGAGAAUCUAUAUACAAUGUGUGCAAAAGGCAUAAGGUAGGCAAUAAAUCGAGUAAUUACAAUUUAGCAGAUUAACACUGGAGUGAUAAAUCAUCAGAUGAUCAUGUGCAAGAAGAGAUACUGGUGUGCAAAAGAGCAGAAAAGUAAAUAAAUAAAAGCAGUAUGGGGGGUGAGGUAGGUAAAUUGGGUGGGUAGUUUACAGAUGGACUAUGUACAGCUGCAGCGAUCGGUUAGCUGCUCGGAUAGCAGAUUUUUAAAGUUGUUGAGGGAGAUAAAAGUCUCCAACUUCAGAGAUUUUUGCAAUUCGUUCCAGUCGCAGGCAGCAGAGAACUGGAAGGAAAGGCGUCCAAAUGAGGUUUUGGCUUUAGGGAUGAUCAGUGAGAUACACCUGCUGGAGCGCGUGCUACGGGUGGGUGUAGCCAUCGUGACCAGUGAAAUGAGAUAAGGCGGCACUUUACCUAGCAUAGCCUUGUAGAUGACCUGGAGCCAGUGGGUCUGACGACGAACAUGUAGCGAGGGCCAGCCGACUAGGGCAUACAGGUUGCAGUGGUGGGUCGUAUAAGGUGCUUUAGUAACAAAACGGAUGGCACUGUGAUAAACUGCAUCCAGUUUGCUGAGUAGAGUAUUGGAAGCUAUUUUGUAGAUGACAUCGCCGAAGUCGAGGAUCGGUAGGAUAGUCAGUUUUACUAGGGUAAGUUUGGCGGCGUGAGUGAAGGAGGCUUUGUUGCGGAAUAGAAAGCCGACUCUAGAUUUGAUUUUGGAUUGGAGAUGUUUGAUAUGAGGCCAUCCGAAACGCCAUGGGCUCCCUGGCCUCCCAGACAGGCCCACCCAAGCCUAACAGCAAGAAGGACGAGGAGAAGAAGAAAUGAGGAAUGGGGACAAACAGAUUGACGACAACCAUGGGACUGCGUCCGAAAUGGAACCCUUUUCCCUAAAUAGUGCACUACUUUUGACAGCACACUGGUCUAAAGUAGUACACUAUAAGGAAUUGGGGGCCAUUUCAGAUGAAACCAUGGACAACAAGACAAAGACAUGACACAUAUAGGGUAGUUGACACUGACAGACUAAUGCAAGGUUACAUACAGGAACACAGUUGGACGGACACUAAUGCAUGAUAUGACUUACUGAUGACGGACUGUCGACAAUAUCCACAAGAAACCCACAAGCACACACAAAUAGACCAGACAACAGUAAGACCAAACUGGGUCUUUACUGCCAUUCAAUUGGAUAUGAUCUUCUUAUCUCCAUAUCAUCUCAGUGUAAUAGACAUCAUUUCUGGUUUCUCACUGAUUUACCCUGUCUUAACUGACUUACUCGCUAACUGGCAUUAUAAGUGGCAUUUAAUGACAUGUCCCCAAGCUUGUAAACUAAACAGUAUCCAUCUUUCAUUUCUUUUUUUUUUUUUUCUGUUGCAAUAGAAAAGAUGGAUGAAGCUUGUUUGUAUGAAUGUUUCCUUUUAUGACCCUCAACUCCACAUAGCUAGAAUAGGAACGUUUUAAUAAGAGACCAUGUUUCCCAUGCCAAU